AUGAAAAGAUGUUCCUAUCUGUCUUCUAGGAGUCAUCAAGAGAGACCAGACUCCCCUGAACCCAGCUGUGUGUCCUUUAAGAGUGAUGACUCAAAGGAACUACCUCUUAUGUUCAAAGAUGGAAACUAUCCUCCUGACAAAAAAUGUUCCUAUCUGUCUUCUAGGAGUCAUCAAGAGAGACCAGACUCCCCUGAACCCAGCUGUGUGUCCUUUAAGAGUGAUGACUCAAAGGAACUACCUCUUAUGUUCAAAGAUGGAAAAUAUCCUCCUGACAAAAAAAUCCGUAAGGAGAAACCAGAUUUCCCUGAACCCAGCUGUGUGUCUAUGAAGAGUGACCAAUCAAUAGAACCUCCUUUUACCUUCAGAGAUGGACAUGACUUCCCUAAAAUGACAGUCAACCAGAAGAGGUCAGAGGUUCCCACUGAUCAGUUGCCCAAGCAUGAUCAAACAGACUUGGACUACAUAUUUAUGCUGCUUGAGGAGAACAUUAUCACUUUUGUGAAGAAUGAGCUGAAGAGGUUCAAGAAGGUUCUGAGUUCGGAUGACCCAAAAUGUUUGGAGAAGAAGAGGGAGGAUGAGGAUGUGAUUGAUGAUAAGGAAAAAGAGCACAGGAGAAGCAGCAGAGAGGCUUUUCUGAAGAUCUCACUGAACUUCCUGAGGACAAUGGAUCAGGAUGAGCUGGCUGACUCUCUGCAGAGCAGUAGGUUGAUAUUUAAUGUAACAUCCACUCAUUAUCUUAAUUGUUGUUCUAAUUCAGAAUCUCCUGAAGCGUGCCAGUAUAAACUCAAAUCUAAUCUGAAAGAGAGGUUUCAGUGUUUGUUUGAGGGGAUUGCCAAAGCUGGGAACCCAACUCUCCUGAAUGAGAUCUACACAGAGCUUUACAUCACGGAGGGAGGGACUGGACGGAUCAAUAACGAACAUGAGGUCAGACAGAUUGAAACAGCAUUCAGGAAACCAGCAAGGUCAGAAACAACAAUCAGAUCUGAAGACAUUUUCAAACCUGGAAUAGAUCCCCCUGUCAGAACACUGAUGACAAAGGGAGUGGCUGGCAUUGGGAAAACCGUCUUAACACACAAGUUUGCUCUGGACUGGGCUGAAGACAAAGCCCACCAAAAUAUACAGCUCACAUUUCCAGUCACUUUCCGAGAGCUAAAUUUGAUGAAAGGGAAAAAGUACAGCUUGGUGAAACUUAUCCAUCACCUCUUUACCGAAACCAAAGAAGCAGGAAUCUGCCGGUUUGAUGAGUUCCAGGUUGUGUUCAUCUUUGACGGUCUGGAUGAGUGUCGACUUCCUCUGGACUUCCACAACAAUGAGAUCCUGACUGAUGUUACAGAGUCCACCUCAGUGGAUGUGCUGCUGACAAACCUCAUCAGAGGGAAACUGCUUCCCUCUGCUCGCCUCUGGAUAACCACACGACCUGCAGCAGCCAAUCAGGUUCCUCCUGAGUGUGUUGACGUGGUGACAGAGGUCAGAGGCUUCAAUGACCCACAGAAGGAGGAGUACUUCAAGAAGAGAUUCAGAGAUAAGCAGCAGGCCUUAAGAAUCAUCUCCCACAUCAAGACAACACAAAGCCUCUACACCAUGUGCCAAAUCCCAGUCUUCUGCUGGAUCACUGCUACAGUUCUGGACGAUGUGAUGAAAACCAGAGAGGGCGCAGAGCUGCCUAAGACCUUAACCGAGAUGUACAUCCACUUCCUGGUGAUUCAAACCAAACUCAGCAAUGCAAAGUAUCACAGAGUAGCUGAGACAGAUCCACACUGGAACCCAGAGAGCAGACAGAUGAUUGUGUCUCUGGGAAAACUGGCUUUUGAGCAGCUGCACAAAGGCAACCUGAUCUUCUAUGAAUCAGACCUGACAGAGUGUGGCAUCAAUAUCAGAGCAGCCUCAGUGUACUCAGGAGUAUUCACACAGGUCUUUAAAGAGGAGAGAGGGCUUUACCAGGACAAGGUGUUCUGCUUCGUCCAUCUGAGUGUUCAGGAGUUCCUUGCUGCUCUUUAUGACCAUCUGACAUUCAUCAACUACGGUGUCAACGUCCUGGCAGAAGAAGAAUCAAAAUCCCAGACAUCUGAACUGUUAAGUGACAAAUUUAAACUCUUCUAUCAGAGUGCCGUGGACAAGGCUUUGCAGAGUCCAAAUGGGCACCUUGACUUGUUCCUCCGAUUCCUUCUGGGCCUUUCUCUUGAGACUAACCAAAUUCUUCUACAUGGCCUGCUGACACAGACAGGAAGUAACUCACAGACCAACCAGGAAAUGGCUGAGUAUGUCAAGGAGAAAAUUAGGGAGAGCACCUCUCAUGAGAGAAGCAUCAAUCUGUUCCACUGUCUGAAUGAGCUGAAGGACCAUUCUCUAGUGGAGGAGAUCCAAGACCAUCUGAGUUCAGGAAGUCUCUAUGCAGAAGAACUUUCUCCUGCUCAGUGGUCUGCUCUGGUCUUUAUCUUACUGUCCUCUGAGGAAGACCUGGACGUGUUUGACCUGAGGAAAUACUCUGCUUCAGAAGAAGCUGUUCUGAGACUGCUGCCAGUGGUCAAAGCCUCCAAAAACGCUGUUUUGGAAUGCAUUUUUACACAGAAUGAGGGCUGUGGAUUUUCUUCCACAUUUCUUCUCAGUGUAAUUGCACUCCAAGGGAAUAGCUUCAGGGCCAGUAUGGAGAUUAGGAAUUCUUACAGCAGCACAAGACCCCUUUCCACAUACAUAUACAUAUUGGGACAUCUGUAUUGUAUUAACGCAGACUUGAAAAAACCCAAGCCUAUCUUUUAAUGUAUUUUUACACUUUAUUGUGUCUUCAGACUGAGUGGCUGUAACCUAUCGGAGAGAAGCUGUGAAGCUCUGGCAACAGUUCUCAGCUCAAAGUCCUCCUGCCUGAUAGAGCUAGACCUGAGUAACAAUGACCUUCAGGAUUCAGGGCUGAAGCUGCUCUCUGCUGGACUGGAGAGUCCAAACUGUAGACUGGAGACUCUAAGGCUUUCGGGCUGCCUGAUCACAGAUGAAGGCUGUGUAUCUCUGGCAUCAGCUCUGAGCUCCAACCCUUCCCAUCUGAGAGAGCUCGAUUUGAGCUACAAUCAUCUAGGAGACAUGGGAGUAAAACUGCUCUCUGAUGGACUGAACGAUCCACACUGGAAACUUGACACUCUCAGGGUUGACCAUGGAGAACAAUGGUUGAAACCAGGCUUAAGAAAGUAUGCCUGUGAACUCACACUGGACCCAAACACAGCAAACAGAGAUAUCCUCCUCUCUGAAGGCAGCAGAAAGGCGUCAGCGGUGACAGAGAAGCAGCCGUAUCCUCAUCACCCAGACAGAUUUGAUUCCUUGUAUGGGGUUCUGUGUGUUAAUGGUCUGACUGGUAGAUGUUACUGGGAGGUUGAGAGGGAGGGAUGGCUGUCUAUAGGAGUGGCUUACAGAGGAAUCAGACGGAAAGGAAGUGAUAAUGACUGCAGGUUAGGAAGGAAUGACAAGUCUUGGGCUCUGUUUGCUUCUGAUAAUCAUUUCUCUGCCUGGCACAAUGACAAAGAAAAAAACAUCAAUGUCCCACCCUCCUUCCACUCGAAGAGAGUAGGAGUGUAUCUGGAUUGGCAUGCUGGCACUCUGUCUUUCUACAGAGUCUCCUCUGACACACUGAUCCACCUCCACACCUUCCAAUCCACAUUCACUGAACCGCUCUACCCUGGGUUUGGUUUUAGACCUGGAUCCGCAGUGUGUAUGUGCAAGCUGUCAGAGGAAGAGCCAACCUCUGGAAACACAACAGGGUAACAGCAGGGUUUGACAGGUGACAAAAUAAAGGAAAAAACUGUGAUGGGUGGUUGAUGAGCAUCAAAAUUACACCAAUCAGUCUAUAUCUCAGAACAACUGGGCCGGGAACUCUGUUCAUCCCUUGAGCAGAAUCCACACACUUGAAGAAUCUAUGACAAAUACUGAAGCUGUUCUGGAGGCUCAUGGUGAAACACCACACGUUGCUUUUUCCUUUAAUCACCCAACAUUAUAUAACACUAGUUUUUAUGUUACCCAGAAAUAUUUGUGUUGGUGCAGUCUUCUAAAUUUUACAUUCUAAAAUUGUGUUUACGUGUUAAUGGGAUUUCUUUGAUUAAGUGUUAUAAUUACAGUUAAGCAGCAAAAUGUCAUUCACAAAUCAAUUCACUCCUUUUGUGUAACAAUGAGAUCAAAUUGUACUUUAAGAAAACCAUGUAAACAGUUAAAUUGUGAUCAUAUUAAACAGUUUUGAUGAAUCAGAAGAAAUAAAGACUGGCUGGUGUUUGGGGAUACAUAACUUUUCAUAACACUUCAUAUAACAAACUAAAGAUUUCUUGCUUUAAUCAGAUUCGAUUGCUGCAGGCACAAAUGAUUAACAAGCAAAACGGUGGGAAAAAAAGUCCCACAAGGAGACCCAAACCAACAAUGAAUUGAACUUGUAUACAGCCUGCCAUAGAGCACCACUGUUGUUCAAAGACUUUUUUUUUUUUUAAAAAAAGGCUGCACUGGGUGACAUGUUCCUUCCUUACCAUGAACACACCAAUUUAUUUAGAGUCAGUCCAGCUCACAGUCCUGCCAGAAAUACUAACAAAUGCACCAUUUCCUCAGUUGAGUGACAUUUGUUAACUAUUGACCAGCUGUUUUAGUAAAUUACUGAGAUUUUUAAAAAACCCCUCAAAUACAUAAUCUUUUAGAUUUACAUCUUCAGUAGAACCAGUGGGCUUGAGGCUCAGAGCAACACACAGUAAGGAAGUUGCAAAGUUAUGAAACAAACACAUUGGUCUCUUCAUGGUACCUGUUGAUCACAAAUCUGGGAGAAAAACAAGAGCAAAAAAACAAACAAAACAAUAACUAAUGUAUGGACAUCAAGUUGCUGCAGAUCAAUUUUUAUUCAUCCAUCACAGAUGUUACAUUCCAGUAAAGCUCAAGUGAUUAUUGCCUGCACACGUUAACUAAGUGAUGCCUGCACAACAACAUCAACAGAAGAGUAUCAACAGUUUGAUUUUCAAGCCUCGACCUCAGUCAGGCUGAGCAAAAGAGGCUGAAACAUGGAGGUGCAGGUAAUGACUGACAGCAGCCCUGUCACAUCCCAGCAGGUGGACUCCAGUUAUCCAGACCAGUCAGGCAGGUUAUGCUGUCAAC